UAUAUCUACAUAUAAAAAGACCAUAUUAGAAGUGUACUUGCCCCAUGAUAACAAGUGAGGAUGGAGAAGCAGGUAUGCCUAAUGUCUCAAGGAUGACAACAAUAAUGUGGUACAGUUAUAACUGAAUUUGGUGGACAACCACAACAAUUCACAGGCAGAAUCACUAUAAGAUGGACUUGUGAAGAAGCACUACAUGGCAAUGUGAUAACAAUGAAUGAAAUAGGGAGGAAGAGACAUGUUAGAGAGCCACCUUGUGUUCCAUUUCUAUGGGAAGUAAGGCCAGGCAUUGCUAAGAAAGAUUGGAAGCCAGAGUUGUGUUCAUGUAGCAGCCAGUUUCCUUGUCCUGAACCUCCACUCAAACUAAUAGCCUCAGUUCCCUUUCUUUGGGAAGAAAAACCUGGAACACCACUACCUAAUUUCUCACUUUUUUCUUCUUCACUGGAUAACAUUGUUUCCAAUGAUGAGAGUAGUGAAGCUAUUACUGGCAUGGAGCUUGAAACAUUUAGGUUUGACAUUGAUGAGUCAAUGGAGGAAAAGUCAUUGGUUGAACCUGAAGUUGAAACCACAUUGUGGGCAACUUGCUCAGAGACAGAGAGUUGCACAAGCAGCUAUGAAACAGGAAGGUCAAGUCCAACUGGUGCCACUUUCUUAGAAUGCCUAUUUCCAUUGUAUCCACCAAAAUCAGGCUUUCUUGAAAGGGAUGAGAACUUUCUGUUUUCAACUCAACCAGCAGAAGUAAAGGCAGAAGAAGAUGUUGAUGAUGGAGAGUGUACUAAUGGCAGUGAGAUGAUGAUGAGGAAGGUGCCAACACUUGGAGAACUAAUCAUGAUGAGUAGAAGAAGAAGCUGCAGAAGGAAAGCACUUCACAUGAACUGGGAUCAUAAUCCACCUAAGGAAAUGAGAAGAAAGGAAGAUUUUAGAUGCUUCAACUUUGUACGUGGCAACAUAGUUGAGGGACUAUUCAAGAGAAGCUACUUGCCGAGAAUGAAACUAGUCAAGGCAAGGCAGGGGACGAUGAUAAUAGAGCCAAAGCUCACAAUAUAAUUUCUAUUUUAAGCUGAGCAGAACAUAUACCACACUUGGUCUUAUGUUUUCUUAUCUCUUAAAUUCAUUCCUUUAUACUACAGUUUUCUUUGAUUGUUCAUUGUUACCACCAAUGUGCGAUUUCUCCAAACACCAACUAAACUAUACAAAACCUUUGCACC